AUUCCAUGACCCAGUGUCUCCAACAGCAGAGAGAGAGAGAGAGAAAAAAAAAAAAAAAAGUUGUUUCUCUCCCUCUUCCCUCUGUCUGUGUGAGUAAGAAGACAUAUAAUUAAGGUUGUUUGAUUAGAGAUGGGUUUGGGGAAGAGGUAUGCGGUGUUAAUGUGCGGUGAGGACACGGAGUACUUGAUGAAGAAUCACGGAGGUUGUUACAACAUAUUCGGGAGAGUUCUUGCAGAGGAGGGAGAAACGUGGGAGCUUUACAAGGUUGUUCAAGGAGUCUUUCCUCAACACGACCAACUGGCUUCCUAUGAUGGCUUUGUCAUCACCGGAAGCUGCCACGAUGCUCACGCCAAUCAUCCAUGGAUUCAUGAUCUCAUCGCUCUCGUUCUCAAGUUGGACUCCAUGCACAAGAAGAUCCUCGGCAUUUGCUUCGGCCACCAGAUAAUUGGGCGUGCAUUGGGAGGAAAGGUGGGUCGCUCUCCCAAGGGUUGGGACAUUGGUGUUAGAGCUAUAAAUGUGUCAUCAUCUUUACCAUCAAAUUUGUCAUCUCUGAACCUUCCAUCAAAGAUUUCCAUUUUCAAAUGUCAUCGAGAUGAGAUCCUAGAGCUCCCUCCAAAAGCUGAAGUAAUUGCUUGGUCAGAAAUGACUGGAGUUGAGAUUUUUAGCUAUGGAGACCACAUGUUGGGAAUUCAAGGCCACCCUGAAUUCAACCAUGACAUCCUCUUCUAUUUUACUGAUCGUCUUCUUCAGGGCAAUUUGCUACAGGAAGAUUUUGCGAUGGAUGUAAAGGUUAAGGCGGUAUUGCGAGAGCCAGAUAGAGAGACAUUGAAAAAAUUGUGCUUCCACUUUCUAAAGGGUCAAUUGUGACUAAAAUAAUUGGAGGAAACGUGUUUUUUGUAUUUUACUUUGUAUUAUUGCUAUUUGACUACGUGUUUGUAAUUCAUGUUCACUAGAAAUAACAAACUAAUAUGAUGAUAAGCUCUUAUUCCUUCGUGAUAAUUAGAUAAUAUAGGAUAACAUGAUUUUGUGUUUAAAUAUAUAUUUGAA